AUGUAUAGAUGCAGAUGUAGUAAACAAUUUUAUAAUCAAAUCGAUUUAGAUGAUCAUAAAAAAAAUUGUAAAGAUCGAUGUUUUAUUUGUGAAUUAUGUAAUGAAAAUGUGCCAUCAUAUGAUAUGACUUAUCAUUUAAAUCAAUGUGGUAAUAAAACAAUAAAAUGUUCCAAAUGUCAAAACUAUAUUCGACGCGCAAUUUAUAAUUAUCACUUGGAUAAUAAUUGUACUGAUUUGGAUGAAGAUGAAAAUAUUUUCACUAAAAAAGAUAUUAAAUAUAGACAUGUUGGGAAUUCGAACUCUGUUGAACCAGAACAAAAUUUUAAAGGUUAG